AUGGGAGAACCUACCCGAUUCGGCAUCAUGGGAUGUGCAGGCAUAGCGCGCAAGGUUUCUCGAGCCAUCAAGCUCUCCCCAAACGCAACCGUGGUUGCUGUUGGCAGCAGAAACGCCGAGAAGGCUCGCCGCUUCAUCAAAGAUAAUGGCUUGCCGGAGAACACGCAGGUCCACGGCAGCUAUGAAUCUCUACUUGAUGACCCCGACGUCGAUGCUGUGUAUAUGCCACUGCCCACAAGCCUCCACCUUCGAUGGGGAGUGGCCGCGGCCAGCAAGGGCAAACACAUCCUGCUUGAAAAGCCCACCGCACUCUGUGUUGCAGAGCUUGACCAGAUACUCCAAGCCUGUGAGAUGAACAACGUGCAGUUUAUGGAUGGCACUAUGUGGAUGCAUCACCCUCGGACCGCUAAGAUGAAUGAGCUCCUACGCCAACAACAUUCCGAUCUCUUUGGCCAGUUGAAGAUGAUGAACAUCAUAGCUAGCUUCUAUGCAAAACCUGAUUUCCUCCAUAAUAACAUCCGAGUGAUGCCUGAUCUUGAUUCCCUUGGCGCUCUUGGUGAUCUUGGUUGGUAUUGCAUCCGGUUUAUAUUGUGGGCUGCUGACUAUUGCUUGCCCACAACUGCUGUUGCUUUUCCCAACCCUGUUAAGAAUGAAGCUGGUCUUCUUCUCUCAUGCGGGGCCUCUUUACAUUGGGAUAAUGGAACCGUCGCAACAUUUCAUUGCUCCUUCCUUGCUCACAGAACAUUUGAAGUAGCAGUCGUUGGAUCAAAAGGAACUUUAACGCUGAGUGACUUUGUAAAUCCUUUUGACGAGAAUUCUGCUUGGUUCACCUUUGCUUCUGAAUCUAGUUUUAAAGAGCUUGUUGAUGGAUGGAAGCCAUCAUUGCCCACUAAUCAUGUUGUUUCCACUGAGCUUCCACAAGAGGCAUGUAUGAUCUCAGAGUUUUCAAGAUUGGUUGGAGCCAUUAAAGAUGGAUCAAAGCGGCCGGAGAUGAAGUGGCCAUCUAUAAGUAGGAAGAAUCAGAUUGUGAUGGAUGCUGUGAAGGAUUCCAUUGACAAAGAAUCCAAGCCUGUCGAGAUUGUAGCCUGA